AUGGUUGAGGGAACUCCUGUGGGAACUCAUGUUCUCAAGAUGAUAGACUAUAUUGAAAGCCUUGAAAAACUAGGAUUCCCUCUUUGUGUGGAGUUGGCAACUGAUGUCAUCCUACAAUCAUUGUUGGAUAGUUUUAGCCAAAUUUUCCUUAAUUUCAACAUGAAUGAGAUUAAUAAGACUUUGCCACAGCUACUUAACAUGUUACAAAAUGCCGAAAGUAACAUGAAAAAGGUUAGGCCUAAGCCCAUUCUAAUGGUCCGCAUGGACAAGGGAAAAGGAAAGGCAAAGCCUAAGGACAAUGCCAAGUCCAAGCCCAACAAAUGA